AUGCCUGGAGACUUCUCGACCGUUCCCAUAGUAGACUUCUCUCGCUUGACAGAUCCAACGAGUAGAGAUGAAGAGCUCUCUCGGCUACGUGACGCGAUCUUUGUUGUCGGGUUCUUGUAUCUAAUUAACACUGGACUGGAGGAUAGCAUCCAUCGGACCCACAAGGAACUGCCAUCCUUGUUUAAUCUACCAGCCGAGGUCAAAGAAAGGUGCAAUAUGAUCAACUCCCCUUCUUUCCGGGGUACACUCGGUUGGGGGCAGAGACUACUGCGGCCAAGACCGAUCUUCGCGAGGUAUCAUGUCCUUUUUCUGCAAUUCGACUUUGGGACCCCGGGCAUGCGAGAAUGGACGGAGAAUGAACCUUUCUGGAAAAGGCUGGAGGGCCCCAACCAGUACCCAGACUACCCGGGGGCGGAGAAACUCGUCCGAAACUAUAUCGAGAGCAUAGAUUCUUUAGCUCAGAAAUUCGUGCAUCUUGUCGCGGAGUCUCUUUCUCUGCCGCCAGACACAUUUGACGAGUUCAAAGGAAGUAUGAGUCGGCUGAAGUUCGUGAAGUAUCCACCUGCCAAAGCCCUGUCCCAAGGGGUGGGGCCUCAUAAGGACUCAGCUGGUCUUUUCACCUUCCUCUCUCAGGAUAACAUCGGCGGACUGCAGGUCCUGAAUAAUAACGGGGAGUGGAUCGAUGCUCCCCCCUUGGAAGAUAGCUUGGUUGUGAAUAUCCAGCAAGGUUUUGAGGCAAUCACCGGUGGCAUAUGCCCCGCGACCACCCACCGAGUUAUCGCGCCGACCGCCAAGACUCGGUACAGCAUACCUUUCUUCUUGAGUGUCCGCUUGGAUUUGACUCUCGAGAAACUCCAAGCAUCCGCCUCCCAUAUCAAAGCUCGACUCCCGGUUCCGAAUACCGAGAAGAGGCGUGAUGUCGACGUGCCUAGUGAAUUCUUGUCUCCGUUAUAUUCUUGCUUUGGCGAAGCACAUUUGAGAAACCGCAUUAUCAGCCACCCCGACGUCGGGAAAAAGUGGUACCCCGACCUCUACGAGAAAUAUUCCCAGCAACGCCUUUGA